AUGCAUAGAGCAUUGAAUUUCUUUGUUGGUAAUUUCUUUAGUGGUACUCCUUAUGAGGCUGCUCUCCUUCCUCUUACUCAUUAUUGCGACUGUUUGAGGAAGACACUGCUUGACUUGAUGCUUCUAAACCAAAGAAGUGCUGCUGCAAGGGAGGCAUGUCAUUAUACACAAAAAUUGACGGAAUUGAAGGAGAAGCCGCAAUUGACGCAGAAGGCGCAGCUUCGUGUGCAGAGGAACGAAGAGAAACUAUCCAAGGCUAUUGCCAAUUUUUAUGAGAAGGAAAAAGUCGUCAAGACGCAAGCAGAAGGGUUUCUAACAAACCGCUAUAUGCUGACGGCCUCUCAUGUUAGCAAGUGUUUAUCGAUAUCAGCGGAUUUUUCUUCUUCUUUGUCUCCUUUUGCAAUUCCUCUUUGUCGUUCUUUGGAGACAAUUAAAACUAUUCAUUAUGUUCAGGAAUCUGCUGCACCGUUUUCUCUUUCUGCUUCUUCUUUUGAUGCAGCAGCAGAAGCAGCAGCAGCAGCAGCAGCAGCAGCAGCAGGUCAGCUACACAGGGGGGGCCCCUCAUGGAGCGUGGCUAGGAGUGCCAGCGAAAUAAGUAGUGACACUGCAGGAGCAGCAGGAGCAGCAGCUGCAGCAGCAGCAACACCAGCACCAGCAUCUGCAGCACCAGCAGCAGGAGCACCAACAGCACCGACAGCAGCACCAGCAGCAGCACCAGCAACAACAAGUUCUCCUGGCUCCUUUAGGGCCCCCAGACAUUCAGAGGGGGCCCCCCUGUUUGUUUCCUUAGAGUCAUUGCCUCCUACAGCCCAGCUGCUGCCGCAGCAGCAGUUGCUGCAGCAGCAGCAGCAUCUGCAGCAGCAGCAGCUGCUGCUGCAGCAGGCGCGUCGUUUACACGGAUCAAUUGAUAGGCAAAGAAGAAGCUUUGGUAGGGCAUCGUCCUCACCAGAGAUGCAGCGGCUGCAGCAACUGCAGCAGCAGCAGCAACAGCAGCAACAGCAGCAGCAGCAGCAGCAGCAGCCUGGGAGUUUUAGCAGCAAAGCAAGAAGUCUUAAAUCUUCUUUAAUGUCAAGAAUGAAUUCUGUCUUAAGAAGAGGAUCGAGUGCUGAUCCGCUGCAGCAGCUGCAGCACCAGCAGCAGCAGCAGCAGCAGCAGCAGCACCAACUGCAGCAGCUGCAGCAUGGUAGUAACAGAGCAGCAGGAACCUGGAGACAUUCCUGGGGACCACACCACCAGCAGCAGCAGCUGCUGCAGCAGCAGCAGCAGCAGCGUCGAUGUCUCUCUCAUUCCUUAGAGGCCUUAAGCGAUUUCUCGUCACCCCCAAGUGUGCAGCAGCAGCAGCUGCUGCUGCACCAGCUGCAGCAGCAGCAGCAGCAGCAGCAGCAGCAGCAGCACGAUCUAAGGAAAUUUAGUGAGACUACAGAAUUCUCUCCGUCUGCUUCGCGCUUAAGUCGUGCUGCAUCAAGAUUAUUUGCUGCUAUAAAGAAUAAGAUGCCGCAGCAGCAGCAGCAGCAGCAGCAGCAGCAGCAUCAACAGCAGCAGCAGCUGCAGCAUCUGCAGCAUCUACAUCAGCUGCAGCAACGUCAGCAGCACCUUCAAAAGCAACAACUACAACAGCAGCACCUUCAGCAGCAGCACCUUCAGCACCAACAGCAGCAGCAGCAACAGCAGCAGCAACAGCAGCAGCAGCAGCUGCUGCAGCAGCAGCUACAUACAGACAACCGCAGCCGCUCUUUCUGUCUGCUGCCUCGCUACCCUUCCGAUGAUUCUUUUAUUGUCUCCUCUACCUCUCAUGGCAGCAAAUGGGGCCCCUCCCCUGCAGCAGAUGCAGCAGGGGGCCCCCCUACCUUUUUUCCGGGGCCCCCACAAGGGGGGCCACAAGGUGGGCCCCAAGGGGGGCCCCCAUCAUACCUACUCCAUGGGGGCCCCAGUAGCAGCCUCACUGGGGGACUCCCAGAGGGGGGCCCCCAGGGUACCCCCACCUCCUUUAGGGGCCCCUCAGCGGGGGCCCCCUCAAUGAGACAUUCUUCCUCUCAUAGGGGCCCCUCGGGGGUACCCCAUUCCCCCACAGGAGGGGGGCCCCCAUCCCCUCAGGGGCCCCUUGUGGGGCCCCCCUCUAGGGGCCCCUCUCUUAGCAGCUCAGCAGCAAGCGAGUUGUCAUUUAAGCAGCAGUUGCAGCCUCCUACGAGUGAUACAAUAGGCAAGGGGGCCCCCAGUGCCCCUAUGGGGGCCCCCCAGCCUGCUGCUGUUCCUGCUGCUCCUCCUGCUUCUCCUGCUGGUCCAACUGCAGCAGCAACAGCAGCAGCUGCUGCAGCUGCAGCAGCAGCAGCAGCAGCAGGAGAUACAUUUGAAGACUCUAUGUGGACAGCAAGGGAGGGAAGAAGUAUAAAUGAACCUGCUGCUGCUGCUAACAGCCCCUCAGCAGCAGCAGCAACAGCAGCAGCAGCUGCUGCAGCAGCAACAGAUGCAGCAACAGCAGGACAAAGGCGGCUCCCAUCGUUCUGCUUCUCUGAGCCACAGCAGCAGCAACAGCAACAGCAGCAGCAGCAGCAGCAGAGAGAAUUAAGCGAGACCCCUCGUGUCUCUCCUGCUAGCAGCAGCAGCAAACGAUGGGUGGGGCCCCACAGCAGCAGCACAACAACGGGGGCCCCCAAGGAUAUAUGGGGGCCCCUUAGCUAG